GUUAUGUUUGCAAUAGUAAUAGCCAAACAUUCGCUAUCAUUUCAAUAUCAAAAAUAAAAAUAAACAGAAAUAACUUUAUCAUGAUGAUAUUUCAUAUUUUUUUCAAACAAUAUAUGAAGUAUGGAAUUGUAUUAAAUAUUCAAGUCUCAGUUUUCGUGACGGGCACCUGUCAGAGGUCAAGUAAGGUCAAGGUCGUUGGGGCGAUAAAAGCCUCCGGUUUUGAUGUUUCGCUGGGAUGUUUUCCGCAUUUUGAAGAAAACGUUAAGAGUGCGGGUACUGGAAACUGACGUCAAUAAGAAAUUUGCCAGGACUAUGUCUUCAGCCCCAGCAGCCAAAAUAGCUAAAAUGGAAUAUGACAUCCAAGAGAAAGAAACUCCCACGGAAUUAAUAACAGGAGAUGAAGUACACAAAGACAACAAAGAGCAUAAAAACCCUGUAAUAAGCCAAGAGACAGAUAAAGACUGUGUUCACCAGCAUACACAGAUCAUGCAACCUCCAACACAGUUCUACAGGCGUGAGUUACCAGACACCUGUAUCUCAUUCAGUUCAGAGGAAGGGAAGCUGGUCUUCAGGAAGGCUCUGGAUGCUGGGCAUCUGAACAGUUAUUUUAGCCUGGCCUCUCAGUUCCGCACCCAAGAGGAGCCAGCAUACUGCGGCCUGUCCACCCUGGUCAUGGUGCUGAACGCGCUGGCGGUAGACCCAGGGAGGGUGUGGAAGGGACCUUGGCGAUGGUACCAUGAAGACAUGCUGGAAUGCUGCGUACCUCUGCAGAUCAUUCAAGAAAAAGGAAUCACGCUGCGAGAGUUUGUAUGCCUGGCGAUAUGCAACUACCUGGACGUGGUCACGAACUACGUUGACCACAGUGCCUCUUUGGAAGACUUCCGGGAAAUUGUAAAGGAGCUCACCCAAGUGGAUGAUAAAGUACUCGUCUGCUCAUAUUCCCGGAAGACAUUAAAGCAGACUGGUGCAGGACACUUUUCGCCCAUUGGUGCAUACGAACCUGAGCGUGACCUGGUGCUCUUGAUGGAUGUGGCACGUUUUAAGUACCCGCCACAUUGGGUUUCACUGCCGUUGUUGUGGGAGGCCAUGAAGACCGUGGAUAGUGAAACAGGUUGUUCACGUGGAUACUGCAUAAUGAAACGGAACCAGACAACUGAACCCAUGGUGCUGUUCAGGACAUCUCCCCAUCUCAGCGUGACGCUGAAGUCCGAGUUUCCUGAGGGGAUCAGAACAUUCCUGAAGGAGUGGGAGACAUGGUUGAAUGUCACCCUUAGCAAGGCGGAGGAGGAGUCUCAGAAGUCGAGUUUCAUGGACAAUGCUGUGUUUGCCUUUAUACGUAGUUUGUCUGUCCUUGGGGAAGAAGACGCUCUCCUCAGCACACAGAUUGACAUGAACUGUGCCAAAGCUUUAACGCAAACUCACAUGUGCUGUGUAGAAAACUUAGUCGAGGCUCUGAGCAACACUUAUCUCCACAAGAGAGUGGAGUCCAUCACUCGUGCUACAAAUGCAUAUCAGGAAAUCAGAAAAAUCUGGAUGCCUGCGGUUAUGUAUAACACCAAUGGCAAAAGCAGUGGCUGUAUUCACAGAGACACUUUUUCUGACAAAUUGCAUGACUCUGCAUUUUUGACAGCAUUGAUGUUUGCAUGGCCUUACAAAGAACAAAAUCCCGUAGAUGGCGCUGUGACAAGAGGAGACUUAUUGAAGAAAAUACUUCACCAGGAGCUGGAUUCUGCACUUCAUGUGUUGAAAAAUGAGAUAGAACAGUUGUCGAAACUUCUUAAGGUGGUGCUCAAGAAGUAUUAUCAUUGUCAAGAUUGUGGAUGUAAAACAAAUGUUUUUAAGUAACAAAGAACAUUUGAUUUCAGGUUGCAACAGACUGCCUCACACUUACAGCAAAUUGUAUUAUUAUUAUAGUAAAGGCUCAGGUGUGUUCUACUGGUAAGUUAUUUUCACCGAGCAUACCUAUUUGGGCAGAAAAACCUAAUUAUCAUUAUGCAUGUACAAAAUGAAUGUGUGCUGAGGAGCUCUUUUGAACUUGAAGUUAGAAAGUCACACCUACCAGUAAAUGCUUGCCAGUAGAUAUAUUUUUUCUUAAGGGUUCUGCACACAAAAUUAAGUAGUAAAGAAAAAUCCCAGGAAAUUCAGUUUAUGCCCUGUCCAAAGAAAAAAAGUACAACAUUUGAAUCUGAUUUGAGUUCUAAAUUUCUUUUAUUAACAAAUGUUACAAGUGUAAUUUAAAAGCCAUCAUCUCCUUUAUAAAGACUUGACUUUAAAUUUUGUCAGAAAAUUGUAAAACUGUCUUAUUUUAUCUUUUCUAAAAUGUAAUUAGCCAUAAUAUUUUCAAAAAUAAUAAUAAGGUGCUAUAAUGAUGACAGUAUUGUCAAGUUUCAUUGUCAACACAUUUUACAAGUUGGAGAAAUUUGUCUGUUUGUUGUUCAGUCAGAUAACUGUUUACUUAUAAACUCAAAUUAUAUGUGAUUGUCUCUUAAACCAUGUUAAGAAUAUUAGAAAAAUGAGGGAGUUUAUGCACAUUUUAGUUGUCUUUGUUUAUUAGAUUUUUGCAAAUUAUAUAUUUUUAUUUCAAAAUAUUUAGCACAUCUUGGACUUUUCUGCCACAAUAGUAUAUAAAUUGAAUAUUUAGGUGCUACAGUUGACUAGCUCUCUUUAACUUGCCAGUUUAUUUAUUUCACAUUUAAUUUUUAUUUUGCUUUUAUGUUUUAGGUAUUACUAAUGAAAGGAAGAGUUUUAAAGCACAGAAUGUUGUUUUACCAUAAAACCUGAAUGUUAUUUGUAGCCAUGCACUGUACUUUACCCAGGAUUAAAGAUUCGUUUCAAA